CUGAGCUGGCUAGCUUUGCAAGCCUGAUUACAUUUUGUUUAGGGGGAGGACUUAGUCAUAUCCUCUAGACAAAAGGCAACCAAUCACCGAAGUUUGUAUUGCAACUUUGGUUGCUAGGUGUGGUCAGCCCUUCCAUAUAUAUAAAAAAUGACCAGCCUUAACGUUUCACACUUCCAGCUUGAAACUUUCCCUGACGGUUCUUUCAUUAGCUGUUUUGCAGAGAAAGAGGUACUUCUUUGAAAAUGGCUAUGGUAGCAGAAUUCCUCAAGCAGGCCUGGUUUAUAGACAAUGAAGAGCAGGAGUAUGUUAAAACUGUGAAGGGAUCAAAAGGAGGACCUGGACCAUCAGUUAAUACCUACCCUAACUUCAAUCCAUCUUCUGAUGUUGCUGCACUGGACAAAGCUCUUACUGUUAAAGGUGUGGAUGAAGCAACCAUCAUUGAUAUCUUAACAAAGAGAAAUAAUGCUCAGCGUCAGCAGAUUAAAGAAGCAUACCUCCAGGCCAAAGGAAAGACCCUGGAGGAUGCUCUAAAGAAAGGCCUUACAGGCCAUCUGGAAGAAGUUGCCGUGGCUUUGUUGAAAACGCCAGCCCAGUUUGAUGCUGAGCAGUUGAGAGGUGCUAUGAAGGGUCUUGGAACAGAUGAAGAUACUCUAAUUGAAAUUCUUACAUCAAGAAAUAAUAAAGAAAUCAGAGAAAUAAACAGAGUCUACAGAGAGGAGCUUAAGAGAGAUCUGGCCAAAGACAUCACCUCAGAUACAUCUGGAGAUUUUCAGAAGGCUUUGCUUUCCCUGGCCAAGGGUGACCGAAAUGAGGAUAUUCGAGUGAGUGAUGAUUUGGCUGAUAAUGAUGCUAGGGCUUUGUACGAGGCAGGAGAGAGAAGAAAAGGAACUGAUGUGAAUGUAUUCACUACUCUCCUUACCACAAGAAGCUUCCCACAUCUUCGCAAUGUGUUUCAGAAGUAUCGCAAAUAUAGCCAACAUGACAUGAACAAGGUAUUGGACUUGGAGCUGAAAGGGGAUAUUGAGAACUGCUUAACUGCUAUUGUGAAAUGUGCUACAAGCAAACCAGCUUUCUUUGCUGAGAAGCUUCAUAAAGCUAUGAAGGGUGCUGGGACUCGUCAUAAGGAUCUUAUCAGGAUCAUGGUUUCCCGUUCGGAAAUUGACAUGAAUGACAUCAAGGCAUACUACCAGAAGAUGUAUGGUGUCUCUCUGUGCCAAGCCAUCCUGGAUGAAACCAAAGGAGAUUAUGAAAAAAUCCUGGUGGCCCUGUGUGGAGGAAACUAAAUGGCAUUAUUUUGAUAUGCUCCAGCUUUAUUACCAGAAGAUAUUACAUUUUUCUUUGCUAUUUACAAAAUAUAGCAUAGAUUUAAACAAAAGUUUUAUGUUAGCUUGGAUUAUCAUUCAGCUAUCUGCUUUCUGGAAAAUUUUAGUCUGGAAAACUUAAUCUUUUUUAUCUCAAUGUUGUAUAAUAGUGUUAAGAUUUUUUUCUUCUUUUUAAAAAAUAUUUAUCCAAAAUGUUUAUAAUUUUACAACAUUAAAAGGUACAUCUUUGACCUAAGGGGUUUAUAUAACAAGGAAAAAAUAAAGCAAAUAUGUAAACAGA